AUGGGCUCCUGGCAGCAUAACACCCGCACCAUGCAUCUGAUGCACCAAAUCGGCGAGUUCCUUGAUCUCGAUUCUACUUCCAACCUUGCCGAAUUGUCCGCUCUUAUUGAUGCAAUGCGAGAAGGCCUAACCCAGGUGGAUGAGGGUCUUCAAAUACCAGAUGCACAGAUAAAUAUGCUCUUUCUGUCCAAGUUGAAAGCUCGCCCUGAAUGGAACGACUGGGCUACGGCCAUGCUGCGGGAUCCACGAGUGAGCACUUUCAGCAUGACGGACGGGACUAUGACAUUCAAAGAGCUUGCGCGUUUGGCUAUCGACCAGGAAAUUUUUAUUCGAACACAAAAAUCAAAGGGUGCUAUAAAACACGCUUCGAGCGAACCAUUUCCUCUAGCAAAAGGAGAGCCAAUAGACACUCGGGGGCACACGCAAGAUGAGAUCAAUGCCUUCGUCGUCGAGAAGAUGAGCCAGGAUGCAAAAUUUCGACCUCAUGGCGUCAGAGGACACAGCAAAAAGCCUAGUCAGGAGGAAAUCAAUGAAUAUGUUGUACAAAAGAUGCGCAGGGAACAAGAAAAGAAGACGAGGAACAGAAGUCAAAGUCAGCCCGAACCCAGGGCGCUGAAUCACCAACGCCAUCAACGACAGAAAUCAACACAGGCUCAUUGUAGCUUCUGUGGAGCCUCCUACCAUCCGUCAAGUAACUGCUGGCGUCGUUGGAGAGUUGCAGCCGAAACACCGCAUGCCAACUUCCUGCCGAAGCGGGUCGAAUAUAGAACCGAAAUACCGGGACAGCCUCCUAUGUACCGUACAGGAUUUUCCCUUUACUAG